AUCACAGGGAGGCUGCAGUCAUGGCACCCAAGAUCAAGAGAAAACCUCCUAAGCAAUCGAAGGUGACUCCUGAUCCACCAUCUGAUGAUUCACAGGAGCUACGUGAAAAUAAUCCACCUGAAAAUAACCCAGGAAACAGCCAAGCCCUUGAAACUGGUGGGGAACACAGUUCUUCCCAUAAAGCAGCUGGAUCAAAGCCAGGGCCUAGUAAGAAAUCUCUUCAAGGCAGGAGAAAAAGGAAUGUGCUGAAUGUCAGUACUACUGUCUACAACAUCGAGCAGAGAAUUAACCACUUCCUGAAGCUCCAGCAUGAGCGACGGAAGGAGAUUUAUCAGGAAUAUUCUCAUCAGUUUUUGACUUUGGUCGUGAUGUGGAACAUAGAUGUACACCAAAUCAAGAAACAGACAGAAAAACUCUCUAAUAUACUUGAUGAGCAACAAAAGCUUUAUGAGCAAUUCCAAGUUAUCCACAAGCAGAAAAUAGAAGAAUUUAAGGAGUUAUGUAGUCAACACUUGAAGAAUCUACGGGCUAUUAAGAGUUGUCGCCGAAAAGCUAUUAUCGAGGAAGCCAGAAAACAAAUGGACAUCUUGGAAAGGAAACUUACUACAGAAACUGUAAAGCUGCAGGAAGAAAAACCUGAUGCUAGAUCAUCUCUUCUAUCCCUGCUAUUCUCAUAACACCUUGAAGAAAGAAGCUCAACCACCAUCAUACGAUUUCAUCAAACUAUUAUCUGUGUGAAUCUAUGGCGCCACGGAGACUGCAAUUGAAAUGAUUGUAA